GCAGCUCUGUAAUGGUAUCGGGACGAAUCCCGGACGACAUAGUUCGACUGCUCCUCCAUCGUGUCAGCUUCGCGGAGAAACUUCUGCAUCCGAAUUCGCCCAGCGACUUCGCCUACGAGCCACAAUCUUUGAGAGUUAAAAAUUUUCGCCAAGGGACUUCGCCUAACCCUAGCAAUCGAAACUUUUUCCCAGCGCGAUGGCGGAGAAGUUAGCGCCAGAAAAACGCCACAGCUUUUUCCAUGGAGGGAAGAAGGUUUUUGAAUGGGAUCAGAAUCUGGAUGAAGUGAACAUGUACAUUGAUCUCCCUCCUGAUGUUCCAAAGAAGCUCUUCUUUUGCAAGAUUGUUUCCCAGCACAUCGAAGUCGGCAUCCGCGGCAAUCCACCAUACCUGAAUCAUGAUCUUGCUGCACCAGUCAAGACUGAUUCUUCCUUUUGGACCUUAGAGGAUGGUACAAUGCAUGUCACACUAACCAAACGGGAAAAAGGACACACUUGGUCUUCUCCAAUUCUCGGACAGGGCACACUGGAUCCUUACUCUGCAGAUCUCGAACAGAAACGGCUUAUGUUGCAGAGGUUCCAAGAGGAGAACCCGGGGUUUGAUUUCUCUCAGGCCCAAUUUUCUGGGUCUUGUCCUGAUCCUAAGACUUUCAUGGGUGGUAUCCGCUUUGAUUGAUUUAAGCCUUGUUCAUGUGGAGCUGCUGACUUAUCUUUGGCUGUAAUCUUCUUCUGUUUAUUUUAUGGAAUAUAAGUGGCAGUAAGAAACUCUUUAUAUAUUUUUAGUCCCAAAUUUGAGUGUGCUUAGUUUGGGUGGCAUUUAACUCUUCUUGCUUCGGCGGCAACUCUUGCGGUUGAGGGUGUAAAUAAGUCGAGUUCUUGUUUAAUCGAGCGAAACUUAUUUAAUUUACACUUAGCUCAAGCUCAAGCUCAUUUGUUGAGUUCAAACUCAGCUCGAGUGAAUAAUGUGGAUCAAUCUCAAUAAGAAAGUUUAAGCUU